CUGGACACCCAGGACCGGCACUUGGGUCACUAUGUAAAUGGGAAGUGGUUAAAGCCAAAACACAGGAAUUCAGUGCCUUGCCAGGAUCCCAUCACAGGAGAGAACUUGGCCAGCUGCCUUCAGGCACAUGCAGAGGAUGUGGUAGCAGCCGUCACGGCAGCCAAGACAUCGUUUGAAAGCUGGAGCAGACUCCCUGGAGCCGUUCGGGCCCAGCAUCUGACCAGGCUGGCCAAGAUGAUCCAGAAGCAUCAGCGGUUGCUGUGGACCCUGGAAUCCCUGGUUACUGGGCGGGCCAUUCGAGAGGUUCGAGAUGGGGAUGUUCCACUGGCCCAGCAGCUGCUUCAGUACCAUGCAGUCCAGGCACACACCCAGGAGGAGGCAUUGGCAGGCUGGGAGCCCAUGGGAGUAAUUGGCCUCAUCUUGCCACCCACGUUCUCCUUCCUUGAGAUGAUGUGGAGGAUUUGCCCUGCGCUGGCUGUGGGCUGCACUGUGGUGGCUCUCGUGCCCCCAGCCUCCCCAACACCUCUCCUCCUGGCCCAGCUGGCAGGGGAGCUAGGCUCAUUCCCAGGAAUCCUCAAUGUGAUCAGUGGCCCUGCUUCCCUGGGGCCUGUCCUGGCCUCCCAGCCUGGAGUCCAGAAGGUGGCCUUCUGUGGAGCCGUGGAGGAAGGACGUGUCCUUCGGCGGACUCUGGCAGGCAAGGGGACUGAGCUGGGCCUGGCACUGGGGACAGAAUCACUGCUGCUGAUGAUGGACACAGCAGAUGUCGACUCAGCCGUGGAGGGCAUUGUGGAUGCAGCCUGGUCUGACCGCAGCCAGGGGGGCCUCAGGCUCCUCAUCCAGGAGUCUGUGUGGGAUGAAACCAUGAGGCGGCUCCAGGCACGGAUGGGACGACUUCGGAGCGGCCGAGGGCUAGAUGGGGCUGUGGACAUGGGGGCCCGAGGGACUGCUGCAUGUGACCUUGCCCAGCACUAUGUGCACGAGGCCCAGAGCCAGGGUGCACAGGUAUUCCAGGCUGGCAGUGUACCCUCAGACAGCCCAUUCUAUCCCCCAACCUUGGUCUCUGACCUGCCUCCAGCCUCCCCGUGUGCCCAGGCAGAGGUGCCGUGGCCUCUGGUUGUGGCCUUCCCUUUCCGCACGGCCAAGGAAUCCCUGGCCAUGGCCAAUGGGACGCCCCGGGGAGGCAGCGCCAGCGUGUGGAGCGAGAGGCUGGGGCAGGUGCUGGAGCUGGCCUACGGGCUCCAGGUGGGCACUGUCUGGAUCAACGCCCACGGCCUCAGAGAUCCUGCAGUGCCCACAGGUGGCUGCAAAGAGAGUGGGUCUUCGUGGCAUGGGGGCCCAGAUGGUCUAUAUGAAUAUCUGCGGCCCUCAGGGACCCCUGCCCGGCUGCCCUAUCUUUCCGAGAAUCUGAACUAUGACACCUUCGGCCUUGCUGUCCCCUCAACCCUACCAGCUGGGCCUGAAAUAGGGCCCAGCCCAGCACUCCCCUAUGGACUCUUCGUGGGGGGCCAUUUCCAGGCUCCUGGGACCCGGAGCUCCAGGUCUAUCCAGGAUUCGGAUGGCAACCUCCACGGCUAUGUGGCUGAGGGUGGAGCCAAGGAUAUCCGAAGUGCUGUGGAGGCUGCUCACCAGGCUGCCCCUGGCUGGGUGGGCCAGUCUCCAGGGGCCCGGGCGGCCCUGCUGUGGGCCCUGGCAGCUGCCCUGAAACGCCGGGAGCUCACCCUGGCCUCAAGGCUGGAGAGGCAGGGAGUGGAGCUCAAGGCUGCCAAGGCAGAGGUAGAACUGAGUGUGAGGCGACUUCGAGCAUGGGGUGCCCGGGCCCAGGCUCAAGGCCACAGCCUGCAGGUAUCAGGGCUGAGAGGCCCUGUGCUCCGAUUGCGGGAGCCACUGGGCGUGCUGGCUAUUGUGUGCCCAGACGAGUGGCCUCUGCUUGCCUUCGUGUCCCUGCUGGCUCCUGCCCUGGCCCAUGGCAACACUGUAGUCCUGGUGCCCAGCAGGUCCUGUCCCCUGCUGGCUCUGGAGGUCUGCCAGGAUAUGGCCACCCUGUUCCCAGCAGGCCUGGUGAACGUGGUGACAGGAGACCAGGACCACCUGACCCGCUGCCUGGCCUUGCACCAGGACAUCCAGGCCCUGUGGUAUUUCGGAUCUGCCCAGGCGCAGAGUCCCGCCAAGGCGCCGUCUGCGGCGUGA